AUGAUCUCUUCCUCUUUAGCCCUCUUUAAACCUCUUUCCCACUUUCUUCUUCUUCUUCCAUUUAUUUUCGCUUCAGUAGCUUCUCAAUGCAACAACCCACCAAUCAUCUUCAACUUUGGAGACUCCAACUCUGACACUGGUGGACUGGCUGCUGGACUUGGCUUCCCUGUCAAUCUUCCCAAUGGCCGCACAUUCUUUCAUAGAUCAACUGGUAGAUUGUCUGAUGGAAGGCUCCUGAUUGACUUCCUUUGCCAAAGUUUGAAUGCUAGCUUUCUAAGCCCAUACCUAGACUCAUUGGGAGGGUCCCGGUUCACAAAUGGUGCAAACUUUGCUGUUGUAGGGUCUUCUACUCUCCCUAAAUAUGUUCCUUUUUCAUUGAACAUUCAACUAAUGCAGUUCCUUCAUUUCAAAGCUCGCACUCUUGAACUUGCCACUGCUGGUUUUGGAAAUUUCAUCAACGAAGAAGGGCUUCGAAAAGCACUUUACAUUAUUGACAUUGGUCAAAAUGACAUAGCCGAUUCCUUCUCCAAAAACAUGUCCUAUGCACAAGUAACCAAAAGGAUUCCCACUGUUAUUUUAGAGAUUGAGAAUGCUGUAAAGGUUUUAUACAAUCAAGGAGGCAGAAAAUUUUGGAUACAUAACACCGGGCCACUAGGCUGUCUCCCCCAGAAACUUGCAUCAGUUCAGAAGAAGGAUUUGGAUCCAAUUGGAUGCAUUUCAAGUUACAACAGUGCAGCAAGAUUGUUCAAUGAAGGACUGCGUCGUUUAUGUCAAAGGAUGAGGUCUCAAUUGACAGAAGCAACUAUAGUCUAUGUAGAUAUCUAUUCCAUUAAGUAUGAUCUCAUCGCCAACUCCUCCAAAUAUGGGUUUUCAAGUCCAUUAGUGGCAUGUUGCGGUUUCGGAGGACCUCCAUACAACUAUGACAUAAGGGUAACAUGUGGUCAGCCUGGCUAUCAGGUCUGCGAUGAAGGAUCGCAGUAUGCAAAUUGGGAUGGGAUCCAUUACACUGAAGCAGCUAAUUCAAUUAUAGCCUCCAAAGUGCUGUCAAUGGCUUACUCUUCACCGCGUACUCCAUUCGAUUUCUUUUGCCGCAGUUGA